CAUUGACAAAGGAUUUUGUUCCAGAAAUUUCCAUGGACUGGUCGGACCACGCCCUCUGGUGGCCGGAGCAGAACGUUUGGCUGACGAGGACGCGAUCCACUUUAGAUCAAUGCGGGGUGCAUGCGGAUGCUCUGCUCCAUUUCACUCCCAUGCACAAGAAUUUAAGGGUGCAGCUUCCGGAUCUCAGGUAUCUGGAUAUGCGGGUGGAUUUUUCCAUCAAGACCUUUUCGGCGGUUGUGGACGUGUGCAAAGAGCUGGGCAUCCGACAUCCCGAGGAACUCUCUUUCUGCAAGCCAUUGGAGCCUAAUCACCUUAAGUUCAACUACAAGCACCUGCCGAAAAAGAAGCAGGAGACCAAUGGCGUGCAAAAGAACGGCCAUCUGCCGCCCGAUACCAACACUUUCAUCGCCAAUAGCAGCCCGGCUGGCAGCACCGGCAGUCUGGAUAAUUCACCCUUCAUGUGCGCCCCUGUCACUCCAUCCAGGGUGGUGCCGCAUUCGUCCACACCAGUCGGCACUCCCGUGGGAACUAUGGGCACUUGGAAGAGGAACGGGUACGGUUCGGAACUGAACGGCUCUGCCGGCUACUCGCCCAACGUGACCAAUACGAGUCUCAGCUUAGAACAGCUGAAUGGCACAUUUGACAGUAGUUUGGCUUCCAGUCCCCCUACUCCGGCUCUUGAAGCUCGCAAGUACCUGGUGCGGCCCAAAUCUCUUAUUGAAAAGGCCCGAAUGAAUGUUGGGAGUUGGCGCAGGGAUUCCGAAAUGACUUGGGGCGCCAACCCAACGCAGCGGCACAGUAACACAGGUGCAAGUCGCAAGUGCGACACAGUGACACGCGACGUGUUAAAGGUCUAAAAUAACGAAAAAUACUAUAAGUUCAGGGUUGUGCGCUCUAAAUAUCGUUAAGAUUUCUUCAAAAGUUCAAUAUUUCAUUUAUGUAGAUUUUUUAAAACAACGCAGGAAAAACGGCUAAUACAAAUAUAGGCAAUUAUAUGUUAGAUCUUGUUGAUAUGAUGUCAUAUACGCAGAACCAAUGCCAUAAAUCUCGAACCAGUAAUUAAUAAACAAAACCAAAUCAGCGGCCAUCAAUCACCAGUCUAAUGUAUUCCAAGAAGGUAAAAUUCCUAAGAUAAAGUAAUCUGCAAAAACCCCCCCCAGCCAUGAUGCCGGGAAUGAUGACUGAAGCAUAUUCAAGCAAUAAAAGCAAUACUCAACGAUUAUUUUCAGCUUAUUAUUAUUUCUCUCGCUGUAUGUGACAGACCAAUAGAUUCACUUGUUCUUG